AUGAAUCAAUUCCGUGAAUCUCUACUGGGUCCCUCGCCAAAAGGCACCGACCUCACCGCAUUUGACAGUGCCUCUGAUCAGCAGGAUGUACGGGAAUGCGUAGCCCGGGGCGAAUUUGAGGAACUCCGAGGAGCAGCCUUCUUCAACCGAACUGGGAUCAUCAGCGAGCGGUACUGCAGGAUUGGUGACGGAGUGGACUCUCUCGAAGGCUAUCUUCACUCCCUAUGGCAUAUCUACUACCAGCUCAGCCGACAUGCGUCGCAUGAGACCCCCGAGCAGGAUCGUCUGGUUCUCGACAUCCUCCGCAUCCAGGGAAAAGGCCCAUUGACCAGACCCGUGUCAGGAGUGUACGGCAUCGAAAUUGCCCGGACAGCCGAAGGCACGCUGUGGAACGACCUGCCAUUCUUGGUCACCGACAUGACCGAUUUCUGGGCUGAUAACUGCGCGUCACUGGCAGGUGACCAGCGUCUUAAUUUUGCGUCUUUCCUCGCUAAACUGGCGUCAACCCGUGUCGGUAAGGAUAGGAUGUGUCAGAUCGCUCUUAUCCUAUUCCGUGCUACGCUUGAAGAGAGACGAGACCUUCAAACAAGUGAGCCCGAUACUGAGGAUCCUAAACGGAAUCUUGGGGACCUUACCAUUGCACAGUUGUUGCCAGCUGUCUGUGCGUGGAUCACAGAGGCGGGUCAAAAUCUUAUUCAACUCUCGGACGUCUCGUGGAAUGAUUGCUCCGGCACGGUUGGCCAGGGUGGCCAGCUGUUCAUUCAGUCGGAGCUUGGCCAGAGAUCGCCGAUUGGAUUCACUCCAUGGAGACUGAUGUUCUGGCUCAAGCGACUUCAUGAGAUCCAGGAGGAGGCAAAGGAGGCUAAUGAGGCACGCCUGGAGGAGUAUGCCACGGACGCAAUUGAGACCAUAGUCUCGAAUGUGGAGGAACGAAACUCGGAGAUCCUGAGGGCUUACCAGGCCGGUGGGGAUGCUUUGCACCAGGAUAAACAUUUGUACUGUCUGAGGGAUCUUGUGAGCAGUGAAACCCCCGAGGAUGAUGAUGACUCUCUAUAA